ACACUAGUUCUGUUACAUGAACACCACAGUUCCUGAAGCUGUGGGUAAAGAAUACCCAGACGGGCUGGUGUUGAUUUGCUGUUGGGUGUCCUGGCUUGAGACACUGGUUAAAGCAGGUGUCAGAUUUCAUAUGAGAAGGCGUACUGGCAAGGGUUCAAAGAAACAGGCCUGGCAAGCUACCAGUGGAAAAUCCUGAACUGAGGUGUCAAUUGACUGGAAAAUAGGAGGAGACAGAUCUGGUUGGGACUGCCAAAACAAGAUGGAGAACGAAGCAGCAAAGGGAGGCAACUGACAGAACCAAGAAUGACUUUAAACAUAAUUUGCACCUUGGUGUUGAUAUUAACAGCAACAACACGAGGUAUUGCGGGGUUGCCAAAACCUCAGAAUGUGAAAAUUAAUUCGAUGAAUUUGAGAAGUGUGCUGCUUUGGGAUCCUGUUAGCAGCAAAGCUACAUCUUAUGAUGUGGAAUACAAAGACAUCAGUGUGGAUCAGUGGAGCAUCAUUAAAGAAUGUGAAUCCACUGACAAGACAGAGUGUGACUUCACUGACAGUAUCCGUCACUACGAUAGAGUGACCCUGCGAGUGAGAGCACGGAGUGGGAGCAACACCUCUGCAUGGGUGGAGACUAAACAAUUUUAUCCCCUAAGAGAUACUGACUUAGGACCACCAAUCGUGAAGUUGGAAGUAGAGGCCGGUGUGCUGUAUGUUUCCAUCUCUGACCCCCUGGAAAACAGCACAAACCAAUCACUGAAGUUCUACUAUAGACAGCUCAAGUACCAGGUUACCUACUGGAAGAAACAUGAAAAAAGGACAGAGUUGGAUCCUAGUCCAAAUACAUCAGUCAAACUGGAAGAGCUAGAACCCGGUGCGAUGUACUGCGUGGAGGUGAAAACUGUUGAGGACUAUUACCAUAACAAUAAAAAAGUCGGCAAACCAAGCAAAGUUGACUGCAAAUACAUUUAUGAUAAUGAUCCAACAAAAGUGGUUGUCUUUGUGGUGCUGAGUGCAGUCGUUAUCUCUCUUUUUGUAAUUGGAUGCUUCUUCCUCGUGCGCUACACCCCUGGAUACAUCAAGGAUUUGCUGCAUCCAGCCUGGAAUGUCCCCGAACACAUAGCAGAGUUCCUCAGCAGAUCCUCUGAGGGGCUGAAUGUCAGAUGUAUCUCUGAAGAAAAGUUUGACACUGUGUCUGUCCUUUUGGAUGACAGCAGCAGAAAUACAUCUUCAGUCCAAAGUUAUGAACAAAGCAACAUUAAUGAUCUAAAUAGCCUCAGAUGCUGAAGAAACUGACAUUUGGGUCACCACAAUAACUGGGGGGGGGGAGGUCUUUUAAGUCUGGUGGUGUUUUGAUAUCAGCCAUGUUCGUUUCCAUUGGCCACAGGCUGACGUCAACCCGAUUUCAAUGGAGAGUUCCUUCAGCUAAUUAGGAUUACAGGCUGCCAGAAAUCCUUCCAACUUCCUCUGAAGGAGAGGAAAGGCCUUCAGAAUCAGACCCAGGCCUCUCUAAGAGUUUUUUUUAUAUAUAUUUUUACCCCAAAUAAUGCACUAAAAUGUUGGGUUUUUUUUGUUAAUUUCUUUAUGGCUAUUGAAAAUGCGUCUUGCAUGAGUUGUGUGCGGAUGGAUUUGAGAAUGUCUAACGCUGCACAUUAAGAACAGUUUUACUUGCACCUCAUCCUACUUUUAAAAGACUUGGUAUUGGCUGGGUUGGACUUGGUGCUGGGCCUAAUGGUAUUGGCUGGGUUGGACUUGGUGCUGGGCCUAAUGGUAUUGGCUGGGUUGGACAUGCUACUGGACCUAAUGGUAUUGGUUGGGUUGCCUUAAAAUCUGUAGAAAAGAACAGGAUCUCACAGCAACCUACUGUCAAGCAAAAUCAUGACAUAACUUGUUCUUGGAAAAUCUAUAUUGAAAAUGACUUGUUCCAUCAGAAUAGGCAUGUAAGCUGCGAAAAGAAAAGUCACCACCAGAUGUGUGUCAAUAAAGCGCCCAAAAUACUGAAUAUUGCCAAGAGAGACUACUUGUGGAUUUCACAACUAUUCAUACGCCUUUUAAAAAAAUUGAGAUACAUAUAUUUUUUAAGUUGUACUAUUUCUAUUUAGGAAUCCACACACACAAUUUUUAUUACUCCAUUCAUUCACCCUCUAUAUGACAUGCAUGACAAAGCCACCCGACUGUUUUCCAGCAUGACCGGCUUAGUAAGGACCUCUUUGUCAAACUAGUUAGAUUUUCCCACUCGAGAAUAAUUGAGACUUGAUUUCGGGUUUUUUUUCUUACUGCAGCAGACGAUUGUAAUUCCAUUGCCAGAAAGGGCUUGAAGGCUGUGUUUGCCUUUGUUCCCCUUUGUUUACCACUUAUUUUCAAGUUAACAAAUGGCUUACCUAGGUUAAAUGUCUUCACCAUACAUUGAGCUGUGGCCUUUCGGUAAUCUUAGUUUAUAGAAAUUAAAUAGCUCUAUAUCCAAUGUAUGCUGAUUGUCCUUUGGUUUUCAUUUUCACACUACUGUCAGUUGUCUACCAGAUGUUCAGACUAAUUUACGAUUUAGACUGUUAACUCAAUCUACCAAUUUAGCAUAUCGUAGCACAUGUAAGGGAUGCUUUUUGCUGUAGGGACUAUCCUCUUAUUACAGUAGAACUUGUCCUAUCCGAUUUAACUGAUUCCAGGGUCCAUAAAAAUAACCUCUCUCAGAGGGAGUCAUUAUACUACAUUGUUGUGGCGUUAUUGACAGCAGGGCAUUCUAAAUUAACAAUGUCAGGUACAUCAGUGUAUCUAAAACACCAAAGUAUAGUUCUGCACUAAUACUAUACAAAGAAAAUCAAUGAAAAUGAAUGCAAAACCAAGCACUGUAAUACAGUAGUUGGCAGUUCACAAAACAACACUCUUGCUGUGCUUUCUCCGCCCAUAUCAAGCUGAUCUGACAGGUUUGUUUUUUGCAUCGUGCUUGUUAAUCCGAGACAGAAACAACAACUUGAAAGCAUGCAUACAAACACAAACUGGCUUUGGAGGUUGGCAAAAUAGAUCUUGUUUACGAGUUUUAACUCUACAGUAACUAUAUUAAUCCCUGGGCAGCUGCGUGAAGUGACAGCAAGUAAAAAGUGAAACUAAAUUCCCAAACGUAAGUCUUUUCUUUAUCUGCAGCUGUCCAAUCUUUCCUGCUAAACUGCACUCCAUUGAUUAAUAAGGAGGCUGUGUGGUCCAGUGGUUAAAGAAAAGGGCUUGUAACCAGGAGGUCCCCGGUUUCAAAUCCCACCUCAGCCACUGACUCAUUGUGUGACCCUGAGCAAGUCACUUAACCUCCUUGUGCUCCGUCUUUCGGGUAAGACGUAAUUGUAAGUGACUCUGCAGCUGAUGCAUAGUUCACACACCCUAGUCUCUAAGUCGCCUUGGAUAAAGGCGUCUGCUAAAUAAACAAAUAAUAAUAAUAAGGGUAUCAUAUCUUAAAGGACUGGAUAUGACAGGUUCUACUGUAUUACGUUUGUAAGAUUUGUUAUGUUCUGUAUAUAGCUACAUUUGUACAAUCAUUACUAUUAAAUGUAUUAAACCAUUUUAUACUUUA